GGUUUAUCUAAAAUUCCUUGAAUUAUUUGGUUUUAUUUAAUCUAAAUACACAUUAGUAUAUUUAAUUAUACACAUUACAUCAGAGUAGAGUUAAAACACCUUGAAAUUCACCGUUACUUAUCUGUCUAUUUGUUAAAACAAACUAACUAAUUCAAUAAAUGGUUAAUUAUAGUUUGAUCGAGCACAUUUAAUUCUUCCAUUUUUAAAUUCAGUGCUAUAAAUCUACUACACAAAAAAAUCUAAAAGAAAUUUUAAAUAUGAAAUACACAGUAAAGGUAAGUAAAAAUUGUACAUGUAAUAGGUAGUUAACCCAAUACAAUUUUUAUUGACAAAUGUAUUCAGAUAGGUAUCAUUGGUGGAUCAGGACUAGACGAUCCAAACAUUUUUAAAGAUUCGACUGAACAAAAAAUAAUAACUCCUUAUGGCGAUCCAUCAGACUCACUUAUCUGUGGCAAGCUCAACGGUGUUGACUGUGUUCUACUAGCCAGGUUACUGUUCAUAAUUAUUAGUUAUACAAUGGUUAUACACAUAUUUCUCCGACUUAAACUAUACUAUUUACUGUAACUUAUAGACAUGGACGCAAGCAUUCAAUUAGCCCAACUAAUAUAAAUUAUCGUGCCAAUAUUUGGGCUUUAAAACAUCUGGGAUGUACACAUAUUAUUGCAUCAUCAGCAACCGGUUCUCUAAAAGAAGAAAUCAAGCCUGGCGAUUUGGUCAUUUUGGACUCUUUCAUUGAUAUGUAAGUCACUUAAAUAUUUUUAUUUAAAAUAUGUAACAUGUAAGUAUUUGAUGAAUACAAUUUUCUUAGGACUAAAAAUCGAAAAUUAACAAUGUUUGAUAAGGAUGAUAAAGUUGUUCACUUACCUAUUGAGCCACCGUUUAGUCCAGAACUUAGAUCUAUUAUUAUUGAGACUGCCCAAAGUCUCGGCAUUCAUGUGCAUCAUACAGGUACAGCUGUAGUUAUUGAAGGACCUAGAUUUUCAACAAAAGCUGAAAGUAAUCUGUAUCGAUUAUGGAAUGCUGAUUUAGUCAACAUGACACUUAUUCCAGAAGUAAUGCAUAUGAUCAAAACUUCUAUUAUUUGUACCACAUUAAUACAAUUUAAAUUCUAGGUUGUAUUGGCUAAAGAGGCGGGCUUAUUAUAUGCCACAGUAGCUAUGGCCACAGACUUUGACUGUUGGAGAGAAGCCACAGAGAAAGUUAAUGUUGCCAACGUUAUCAAAGUUUUUAAAGAAAACGUCAAAAAAAUUACACAACUAUUUAUCGAAGUUAUUCCAAAAAUUGCUGAAAAGCAUUGGGAUAUUGAAAUCGAUGAACUAAAUGUAAGGAAACAAUUAACUUUUGAUUAUCCUUAUAUAUAACUAUCACUAUCCAAUAUAAAAAGAAACAUAAAUAGUAACAUUUUUAGUACAUGCUAUAAAUUCUUUGAUUACUUUUGGAGUUAUUACGUCUUUAUUAUAAUAUUAAAAAGUAACAAACUAAAAUAUCCAAGGAUGAACUUUAUAGUAAUAAAAGUAGAGAAAACCAAUGAUGCUUUUGCCAUCAAAAUGUACGUACAUUAACCUUAAACCCCAACUUCAGCAAAACAUAUUACAUUGAAUAAAAUAAAUAAUAUAUUUAUUUUGAAGCAUUGAUUGACAUACUGUAUUAAAACAAUUUCAGUAAAAAAUCAAAUUUAUAUUUAAUCACUGUAUCCUAAUUUUAUUUGUAAUAUAUUAACACAGUCAAACAUUUUUCAAAUUUAUCUCAGAAUAGUAACCUUCAAAAAAUAACCAUUAGUUUAUUUUAUUUUUUUUCUACUUAACACUAUCUAAAAUUCCAUAGUAGAGUUAGUGACACUAGUAUUUGCAAAUUACUUUUGAAAAUAAGUAUUAAACGAUUAUUAGAAAAGUAGUAGAAUCAAACCUAAAUACUAUUUAUCAUUUAAGGAAUCUAAAUCCCAAAUUUUUAUUUUGCAUACUUUAGUUUUCGCUUUUUUUGAGCAUAUUUUAACAAUAUUUUAUUUUAUAGUAUUGUAAUAAGGUGAAUAAUGGGAUACAAAGCAACUGAAUGUAUGACUAAUGUUAAACUAACCUACAACAGUAGGAAACAAUUAAUAUAAAAUAUAAACUAUGAAUGGUAACAAUAAUAUAGGUAUACUUACCUAUCCUGAAUGGAGUAUCAUGUUGAUUUUGAAUACAGGUAUAAUUAUGUUUAUUCAUUGUGUUGAUGAGAAUAGGAAGUAGGAAUGAUAAAAUAAACACUUGAUUUAGUUAAAAAUGAUGAUGCCGGAAAGUUAGAAGCCGGAACAACACGCACUCGCAGGAAGAUGAAAAAGAUAACGAGUCACCAAGACAGGAUCCGGUGGCCGAAUGAAUCGAGGAGUCUUUUAUGAGAAAGAAAGGGAAAAAAAGUAGAGUGGUGUUGUCCAGUUUUCAUUAUUGUGUUGAAAUAUUUAAUUGUUAUACAUACUAUUUUGUAUUAAUCUAAAUUAACUUAUUAAGUGGUGUCCACUAUAAUAAAAUGUAGUGUAAAUAAUAUUAUAUUAUGAUAUAUACCAUAUUGUAUAUAUCAUUAUAGUAUGCCACAUAUUAUGCAUGCAUUUUUUUUGGUUUACAUUUUUAUUAAUUUAUAUACAUUAAUGUUCCAUAGCAAAAUCAAAUAAACUAUUAUAAAACAGUUUGGUACCAAUAACUCAAAUUAUUUAACACAAACAUUUUUAACAAUGGAAAAAAUAUUUAGUGCAUAUUUGGUUGGUUUUUAAAGCAAGAAGUCCCUUAGUCUAGUUAUUAGUAUUAUAAAUAUUAUGUAUACCAAUGUAUUAAUUUUUUUUUUUUUUUACUGAUUUUAGUGUCUCAUUCAAGAAAGCGUGCAGAGUAAUUGAACUCGACAUUUUAUAUUUAAUCAAAUGUAGCAGCAAUAAUUUUUUUUAACUACAAUAUUUUAAAUACAACAAUGCUCAAUGUCAAAAUUUGUUUUAAUAUUUUGUGUACAAUUUUAAAUACUUAUUCAUUUAAACAAUAAAUCUUACUCAAAAAAUAAUCCAAGGAUUUUGUUCAACUAUCAUAAGCAAUUUUUUUUUUUAAAUAUUUUUAUUAUACACAAUUCAACAAAAAUCACUAACCAUAUUUUAAAAAAUAUCAUGUUACUAGACUACUAAAUUCUAGUAAUUUCAUUAAUGAGAUACAACUCAAAGGAAUGUUUUUUUUAUUAUGCAUCUAUAGUUUAAUGAACCCACAUUAAAUAAUAAAAACAAUCACUUAUGAUCAAUAAUGAUAGAGCCAAGAGGGAUUCAGAAGCAAUAACAGUUAUUAUUAUAUUUAAUCUAAUACAAAAUUUAUAUUAAUGGUGCAUAUAGAGUAUGAUUCGAACAUGAAUGAAUGAAUGUGAACGAACCAAUGUAAAUGGUCUGUGUAAACACAAAUUUGUUCAGUUCUGUUCACUCAAAGAGCGUAAAACUCAUAAACCAGUGGUCCUCAAUCUUUAUUAAUUCAUGUCACUCUUAUCGACAAUAAUCCAACACUGAGUUGCCCUACCAAUCCAUUGAAAUUAUAGGAUAUUCAAGAAGCUGUACUAUUGUUAAAAAGUGAGUGAUGAAAAGGGAAUGUUACGUUGUUUGGAUGGUGUUAGUGGUUACAUGACAACGAUGGAAAUAACACAAUUUUAUUCUAAACAUUAAAAGUUUUCUUUUUUUUUUCCUUUUCCCCAAUGAUUUUCAUAUCACCCUAGUUGAGAACCACUGUCAUAAAGUCAAAUAAACUUUCCAUUCAGUAUACAUAAGCCACAAGUGGACAUAACAAUAUGAACAAUGUAAACACAGUACAACCAUAUUUUCAUUUAAAAUUUGUUCCUGUUAGUAACUUAGUCUAAACACACCUCAAAAAGAAACAUUCAUGUUAUUUUUAAAGAUAAAUUGUUCAUGUGUAAAACUAUUAUUUGCCAUAAUACAUAAAUAGAUAUUUGUUUUUACAAAUUAAAAGAAGUAAAAAUUGUAAAUUGUUAACUUAUUAUUAUUAAAUUGUGUUUAUAUAUUAUAGAUAAUAUAAUGAGUACAGUUAAAUUUUGAAAAAUGCACAAUUUAACCUAAAUAUUAAUAAAAUAGUAAAUUGAACAUUAAAAAAACUACCAAGUUUACUUGAAUAAUCAAAAUUAAUUAUAUUAUUUAAAUGUAUAAGAAAAAUGAAAGCAAAUAAGACAUUUUAUUUUAUACCUAUAAACUUAGUUGUAUUGACACUCGGUCAAUUUUAAAAUAACAUGUAAAUGAACCAAUGAAAAAAAACAUAUAAAAUAAUUUUAAUACUGUGUACAUAAAACAUACACUUCAUUUUUAUUCUAUAAAUUUCUUUCAAUGAUUAAUACAAACAAAUUGUAUGGUCUUGUUUAACACAUCUAGGCAAAACAAAUUUAUACAACUCAAAUGGUCAACUAUGCCUCUGAAGCCCUCAAUUUAUCUUAUUCUAAAUAUAAUUUUAAGUUACAAAGAGUGUACAGUCUCCAAAUAAAUUCAGAGUAAUCUCUAUGACAGUACUACUAAAGGAUAAUAAAUGGGAUAUUUACAAUACAAUUCCAAAUUACAAUAAUUUGUAUGGUAUAAUAAUUAAAAUAUUUAAGUUCUAUCAACCUAUUUACUUAUUAAAAUAAAUAAUAUUUUUUUUUUUUAAAAUUCAAUAAAAUAAAAUAUUAUUUUCCAACAACUCAAAAACAACAAAUAACGUAACGGUAUUAAAACAUGUUUAGAAAAUAUUGCUUUCAAAAAUAAUAAUUAAAAGAUUAAUAGCAUGGUAAAGGAAUGUAUAGAUAAGCUAAAUAUAUAUAAUGAAAUCGAAUGGAUGGAAAAUAUUGUAAUAAUAUGAUUACAAGUCUUCCGACAGCAAAAUGAUUCAAUUAUGGUUAUUUCAAUUUUGUGCAAAUUAAAAAUAUAUAUAUAAUAUAUACAUAUAUAUUUUAUAUUUUAAAACAUUAAACGAUGGGGUGAUUUUGAUUCAACACUAAAUCUUACGCUUUGGUAUCAACCAUAUCAAUAUUGAUUUUGUAAUAAACAUAUGGGAAAUAUUCAGCUUGACCAAAACCAAGUCCAGGUAUAUCAACACUCU